AGUUGAUAAGGCUAAUACAAGAACCCAAAAGCCCCGUUAUGCAACAUAGAACUGAAGGAUUAGUGGGUUGCCCGGAGAUUCAGUCUGAGCUGAGAAAUUGAACGAAAGCUGGAACCUUUGUCUGAAAAAAUAUGCAGCAGGGCGGAGGAUCUGAAACAGUGGUGACUUGGGAGGAUCAGCAAAAUAUUAAUAAAUUUGGGAGAUUAAACAACCGUUUGCACGACCUUCUUGAUGAAAUUAAGAUUGCCAAGGAAUCGAAUGAGAAUCUGGAGGAUGCAGGCAAUGAAUUGAUUCUCACUGACGAGGAGGUGGUUCGUUUCCAAAUAGGAGAAGUUUUUGUUCAUGUCCCAAAGGAAGAAGUUGAGACAAGGAUAGAAGAGAUGAAAGAGGUGACUAGCAAAAACGUGCAAAAACUUGAGGAAGAGAAGGACUCGAUCCUUGCACAGAUGGCCGAGUUAAAGAAGAUUUUGUAUGGGAAAUUUGGUGAAUCCAUCAAUCUAGAGGAGGAUUAGUGUCGGUAUUCCAUUAGUUUUUACUGAUUUAGCAUGAUCGCCAACAGAAUCAUCCAUUGAUCUUUGAAUUGUCUGGAAAAAGAUCUAUUCCAUCAGGUUUCUGAUAUACUCCGUGGUUGCAACUGUAAGCAUCUGGGUGGUAUUUAACUGGCGCUCUUGUGUGUUAUAUUAUAUUUACAUUGAAUGCUUAUUUAAACUUAUGAAACUUUCAAAUGCUAGUGUGAAGUAAUGAUUUUUUGAUA